CACCUGCUCCAACCUCCCCACUCGCUCCUAGCCCACGUCUUCCAACCGCUCCUCGAUGUUCCUUGAAUGGACCCUAAAUUGAUCCCUCCAAGACCUCUGCUCGAUCCUGUUGUUUCGUCGGCUCUGGCAUCAGACUAGUCGAAGCCUCACCAGCGGCACCAGCACUUCCCACCAAACCGUGCCUUGGGCAAGAUCUGCAAGUGGAAGAAAGCCGCACAUCUACAAAUCGCAAAUGAUACCUCAUCCCUGAAUCGGCGCAAUUCUUCUGUCAUCGCUGGAAGAGCCGGUCCAGCUCGCAUGCGCUGGGAUCAUACGCGUUGAGCUUCCAGCCCUGGGUUGCAUAGCUCGUACCUUGACUCGGAAUGUCUGCUCCUGAGAGUGAAACUCUCAAGCCAAAAUAUGGACCGAAAGUAUUACAGCUGCGUGAGAUGAUCGCGCAGCCGGUGUUCGCGGCUUUUUGUGCUGGAGGAGUGGCAGGAGCUGUGUCGCGGACUGUGGUGUCGCCUCUCGAAAGACUAAAGAUUCUCUUCCAAAUACAAAGCGUUGGCCGGGAAGAAUACAAGCUCUCCGUGGGAAAGGGCCUGGCGAAGAUGUGGAAGGACGAGGGAUGGCGAGGGUUCAUGCGAGGCAAUGGCACCAAUUGCAUCCGAAUUGUGCCGUAUUCCGCAGUGCAGUUUGGAAGCUAUAAUUUCUAUAAGAAGUUCUUUGAGCCGACUCCCGGUGCAGACCUCACUUCUCUUCGGCGCUUGAUCUGUGGUGGAGCGGCCGGCAUCACAUCUGUGUUCUUCACCUAUCCCCUGGACAUUGUCCGAACACGGCUUUCCAUCCAGUCGGCAUCUUUCGCCGCGCUUGGCCAGGGACCAAGAACAAAACUUCCGGGCAUGUGGGGAACUUUGAUUACCAUGUACAAGACUGAAGGCGGAAUACUUGCCUUGUAUCGGGGCAUAAUCCCUACGGUGGCUGGUGUUGCACCUUAUGUGGGCCUGAACUUCAUGACUUAUGAGCUUGUACGCAAGUACCUCACCCCGGAAGGAGACAAAAACCCAAGUGCGGUCCGGAAGCUUGCUGCAGGUGCUAUCUCAGGAGCGGUCGCUCAGACAUGCACAUACCCCUUUGAUGUUCUUCGGCGUCGAUUCCAAAUCAAUACAAUGUCUGGAAUGGGAUAUCAGUACAAAUCGAUUUUUGAUGCAGUCAGAGUUAUCAUUGCUCAAGAAGGCGUCAAGGGCAUGUACAAAGGCAUUGUCCCCAACCUACUAAAGGUCGCCCCAAGCAUGGCGAGUAGUUGGCUUAGCUUUGAGGUCACCAGAGACUUCUUGCUCACCCUUAGAGCAGAGCCGCAAGACCUGUAAUAGUCCUAUCUCCUCGGUCGGAACUUGACGUUUCGUAG